GAGCAGCUCACCCCAUCUUCCUGGGGUUCAACGUAGAGCUCAUCACCGAUCCUGGACAGAGACUGGAUGGCUUUGGCCAGCACUGAACGAUGUCUCAGUCACAUGAUUCCAAAGACACUCAGGCCUUGCUGCAGUCCAUGCUGCAGAGACUGAAGCUCCAGCCGGGAAAAGAGGCCCAGGCAUACCUGCACACACCUUUACCAACCACACCUGCUUGGGGGCAAAUUGGAAAAAGAGGAGCCUCCAACCUCCAGAAAGUAAACAGCGGCCCUGUAAAUGGCUUUGAGCCUGGUACCAACGGUAUCUCCCCAAAAGAGUUGGGGAUCUCUGCUGCAGGGAGUAACUUUGGCUUCAGAGGUGGGGAAAUACAACAACCAGGUCGUGGCCUUGAAGUGGACAGGGGUCUUAUUUCCUCCACCUCCCAGAAAGACAACAUUGAUGGUGACACAGGUGAGGAAAGGGUGUUAGGACAAUCCACUCAGCCUGGUAUCACCCCAACAGGGACGGGCCAGCCGUUUCCUGCUGAAUCACUUAAGGAUGCUGAUAUCACUUCCUUUGAGAGGACUAGGUGGAGUUCUGGCGGUUCUGCAAUGACAAGGCAAAUCCGUAGCAAUAACGUUGAUACAGGACUGAAUCAGGACCAGGACCAGAGUUUUACACCCAAAGUCUUCAUGUGGUCUUUAAAGCCCAAAGAAGCAAAUCUUGACACACAAGUUCAAGAAAAUGAAGCAUUGCAUAUGGGAAACGGAGGAUUUGGAGCUUUGGCAAUGAAUAAAGACAUGCAGGUUGUUGCGGCAAACAGCGGCUCAAGAAGAAAACAGCGAUCGUCUGAGAACAAAACAAGGAGAUGGACUCAGAAGAUCAAGGAGAGAUGGAGGGACAGGCCGGGGAGUUUUGGAAAUAAAGGCAAAAAAGAAGGAGGAACAGUAGACCAGAAGAGUGAGCUAGGACUUGAAAUUUCACCUCCAAACCAGCUGAUGACAGCAGGAAAUGUCAUCAACACAUCAAAAAAGGAGGAAGAAAGGACCCUUCCUGUACUCGACAGCAGUGGUCCCAGUAACACCACUCCUACAAACUCAGAAGAUGGCACCAACGAAGGAUAUAUGAGAUCGACCAGCGACUUUGAGUUUGGCCUGGGCUCCUUCAGCUUGCUGGAGGAGAUCGUCACGGGUCAAGAGUGGGCCAGGUUCCUAAACCCCAACCAAUCAGCCGCCUCUGCCCAUCAGAGACCUUCAGAACUCAAAAUCACACCAAAUCUUAAUGAUACUAGUCCAUCAUCUCUGAUUUUGAGCCAACAAGGAGUCGUGAACAACCAGUGGGGCUUCAAGGGAACUGAGACAUCCCCAGAUUUAGAUUUCAGCAGGGCACAAAUAUCGCCUGAUGCUUUCCAACCCGUCAGCAUGGACGUUUCAGAAGGAAAACAAGCGGCAGUACGGGGCGUUCACAGUGAGGCGGAUCAAUCAGAACCAAUGGAGCAUGGACUGACCCGUAGACCUCGCUCGUUUUUAGAGACUAAAGUUAUGCUGGAAAACUCAGCACUUAAGAGCAGAGUCGCCCUCAACAGGAAGAGACAGCAUCACUUGGCUUAUAGAGACGACACGCUUCACACAGAGAGAAUGAGUGAUGGAAAAGAGGCAGACAGAGAGGGGUUCAUGUCUUCACCGAGCACAACAAGCAACCAUGUGAUGGAGGAGACAGGAGAGUCACAGCGUGAUAACAGCAUUCCUUUAUACAUCCUAAACUCUCCAUCUCUCUCUCCGUCUACUCCUCUUGCUCCUGCACCCAGGGGUGUCCUCAAACACUCCAUAUCCCGGGACUCCCAGUCCUCAAUGGAAACUGUGACUAAAAGGAGGCGAGUUGAGGAGAACCGGCGGGUUCAUUUUUCUGAAACGGUGGUUGCCAUAGCGCCUCCAGAGAUGGAGUCGUAUGCUACAGACUCGGAGGAUGAUUCAGAAGAUGAGGAGGACUCUCUGGCAGAGCGAGAGUGUGAGGAGGAGCAGGCAGCGAUAGAGGAGGUGGCAGCACCAGCACGCCGGCCUGCUCUCCCUGCCUGGAUACAGGCUCUGAAGAGGAGGAACACAAGGAGGAAGCACAGAUAGAGACCGCACAACUGCAACUUUUGUUUCGUUCUUUCUGGAAACUUAAAGCACAUCUGUGUCUUAUUGUUCCUCAUCCGUCUCCAGACCACCAACGCUCAAAAUUAUAAUUGAUCAAACGCUGAGAGUAUUUCAAACCUUUGCAACUAGAGCCAGAAUUGUUUCCCCUCAACUGUUUUGUGUCCAUGAUCUCCUCUCUGUCUGUCUCUCUAGGCUGUAUUAUAUAUUAUAUAAUCUCAAUACAUUAUAUAAGUAUAUUAAGUGUUUAGUCGAUUUGGUUAAUGGAAUAAAUACUCUUUCAUGAAAAAUGCUGUGCUCCUCCUCCCCCUCUUUCAACUUCCCACUGGCCAGCAGCAGACUGUCUCCCGGUAAUGGCUCCCUGUCCGGCCAUCCUGGGAAAUUAACCCCAGAGGAGGAAAGGGAGUUUGAGCUGAAGUAAUGGCUGCAGACUAUUGGUGGUUUCUGAUCGUCUGCUGCUCUCUGUUCAGCUGUUGGAGUGCUGAAACCGUAUUUUAAAAACCAUUUGCUCACAGCCAUCACUCAUAGGAUAGUACACCCUGACAUUAUUAUCAGCCUCUGUUUAUGUUUUCACAUACUGGGACUGUAGCUACAGAGAUGCUUACAUUUGAGUGUAGCAACACUUGAGACAGUGGAGCUACAAGACAAAUAUUAAAGGAAUGGUUUGAUAUUUUUGAAUAUAUGUUUGUUUGAUUUUUUUAUGUGAGCCAGAUGAGCAGAUUGAUACCACUCUCAUGUCUGUAUGAGAUUUUAUGUUGGUCUGGUACAUAAACCCUGUAAAACCUCACUAGGACACAUGCUUCCCCCUGCCCUUAGCCUUUGUGCUAAACUGUAACUUCAUAUUAACUGUAUGGAUUGUUGUCCUGGAAGAGUUUGCUGGAAGCUGUGUGUGUUUGUAUACAUUGUCCCCUAAACGGGAAAAACUAGAGAACAUAUUUAAAAAGGAAACAUCCUCCAUCUACAUCAUUAUCCCAGUUACAUUUACCAAUUGUUCUUAGCCCUCCAGUGCUGUUAUAAUAUUCAGAAAACUAUUUGUUUAUUCUGUACAGACGAGCUGCAGCUCUGCUUCAAAGAUUGACCAGAGGCAACAUUCAUUGAGUACUUUAUGGUGCUGUGUCAUUUCCAUUACAUGUAUUAUAUUGAUUUGUGUUAUUAAAUUAGUACAUUAAACUUUGUGCUAACUGCUGUCAAUUCCUCCGCGGCCUCCCCUCACAGCUAUCUUCUCCCGUAAAUCACUGUCAGAGCCAUUAAGAGGCUCUUUAGCCGAUCUAUUAGUGCCCUGGUCACGUUUUAUA